CUUACUUAAGUGAGGAGCGGCAUCCGACCUAUCUUCACUGCUGCGCCGCCGGAUUAGAAUUUGAUCUCAUAGUUAGUGCAAUCGAGAAGAUGAUACUGCUCAAUGCUGGCUUACUCACUGGAUUUUGAGUUUCAUACAGCAAUGGGGGAGAGUGCGGCUUACAAGGAAUACGUCGCCGGUAUGCUGGCUGGAGUUGCCACUGUCAUUGUUGGUCAUCCAUUCGAUACUGUCAAGGUGAAGCUGCAAAAAUAUAAUACAGACGCUAAUGGGAUUAAGUACAGGAGUGGUUUGCAUUGUACUACAAGAAUAUUGAAGACGGAAGGAUCUUUACUGCUAUUUUGGCAGGUUAAAGGACUCUAUCGUGGUGCAACGUCGUCUUUUGUUGGAAUGGCCUUUGAAAGCUCACUUGCCUUUGGAAUCUAUUCCCAGACAAAACACUUUCUUCAGGGAAAACCAGAAAGUGGAAAGCCGCAGCUUCUUGCCAUACUUCCUUCAGGAGCUUUUGCUGGAGGUUUUAUUAGCUUUAUACUUUGCCCAUCUGAGCUGGUAAGAAUGCAAGUGCAAGGUGCUGACUCGAUCCUUCAAAGUUCAAGUCGAUACAGCAGUCCUGUUGAUUGUGCCCUUAAAACUGUUAAAAGCGAAGGGCUUACAGGCCUUUACCGUGGAGGAGGUGCCACGUUUUUUAGAGAAUCUAUUGGAAAUGCUGUCUUCUUUAGCACUUAUGAGUAUGUGCGCUAUUACAUGCAUAAAUCACUCAGAGAUGCCUCCUCUAAUCUAACCCAUGUGAUUGAUGUCGGAGUUGGGAUUGUUAGUGGCGGCCUUGGUGGGAUAGCCGUAAGUGUUCCAAUGUUGGUCGGCUGUUCUGCCAUUAGAUGUUGCAAAGACCAUAAUUCAAACUUCACCGGAGAAGAACCAUACAAGAAAUCCAGUCCAGAUUCUAGAAUUGGAGAACUGGAAUCAGAGGAUGCUAUACGGGGCUUGGUCCUACAAUAGUUAGAGCAUUUCCAGCUAAUGCUUCUGCUAUUGUCACAUGGGAACUGGCUAUGAAAAUUCUGGGGAUCAAGCGUGAUUAACCACGGUGUCCAUCGGAAGACAUAAUUGCUGAUUCUGUUUCUGGUCACUCUAGAAGAGAUGGCGAUACUUUUUAUCGAUCUGUAGGCGUGGAUGUAUUUCCGAGUCUGUAUCAUGGUGUGAUUUUGAAUACUGGUUGCAUCUCUUACUCAGUUGCUGGUGACUGCUAGUAUUUCUUCUCUGGAUAUCAGCCAGGACAUUGAGGAACCAAACCUGCUACACUGCUGGCAGAAACGUUGUCUCAAGCCGUAGAGAAGAACCACUGCAGCCUUUGCAUGAAACUCGCAAACUUUAUGUCGACGAUGGUAAGGCUUGGCGUCAGCCAUAUCAGCAGUGCAGUCUUCUGCCUGACAAGAACGCUGUGUUGAUCCUCCUGUGCUAGAUACUCUUCUUUUGGAGGGGGUCAGUGCUCCUUUUUUCUUGUUAUCUUCUCCGGUAUCUUCAUCGCAUUCACCUUCCUCGUCGAGUUCAGGUUCCUGGAGGAUCCGCUUCCCUUCUUCCUUGCUGAUUUCCAUUCCUUUGCCGUAGAAUCUUGGAGAGUGAAUGCCCGAAGAAUAGUAACCAAGUGAAGAAAGGUGAAUAAGUCGAGCUUGACUGGUGGAAAAGAAGAGCAGAAAUAGGCCAGGACCACAGGUACUGAUGCCAUCUUUUCUUUCUUUUUUCCUUGAAUGCGUAGUCUAAUUCUGUACAAAACAAUAUUUGGUGUUAAAGCAUGCUAAAGUAUGUGAUGGUAGAGGGUCAUUUGCAACUCUGUUUAUGUAAAACAUAUAUUUGAGUCCACUCUUAACUCUUCCAAUAAAACUCUAAACUUCUUUC